AUGUCUUUCUGGAAUUUCGCACCCGAGCCCAAGACCCGUCUAGGGUAUCAUCGGAUCCUCUCCCCAACUGCGGGCAUCAAAGUAUCUCCUCUAUGCCUGGGAGGAAUGAAUUUCGGCGAAGGCUGGGAGCACUUCAUGGGAAAGUGCAGUAAAGAGGAAGCAUUCGCCUUGAUGGAUGAGUUCUAUCGGAUGGGUGGCAAUUUCAUCGAUACCGCCAACAACUACCAAGAAGGUGACUCAGAGCGAUGGAUCGGGGAGUGGAUGGAGUCCCGUGAGAAUCGAGAUCAGAUUGUGAUCGCUACCAAGUACACAACUGGAUUCCGUGACUCGCAUUUCGACACUGAACGGAUCCAGACCAAUUUUGUUGGAAACUCAAUGAAAUCCCUUCAGGUCUCGGCCAAGCACAGUCUGAAGCAUCUACGCACCGAUUACAUUGACCUGCUCUAUGUGCAUUGGUGGGACUUUACCACUGGCGUUGAGGAGGUCAUGCAUGGCCUCAAUGCCCUCAUCACAGCAGGCAAAGUGCUCUAUCUAGGCGUGUCAGAUACGCCGGCCUGGGUUGUUGUCAAGGCGAAUGACUACGCCCGUGCUAACGGUCUGCGCCCUUUCUCUGUGUACCAAGGCCUGUGGAACCCGUUGCGUCGGGAUAUGGAGAGUGAGAUCAUCCCUAUGUGCCGAGACCAAGGCAUGGGUAUAGCCCCGUGGGGUCCUCUUGCUCAAGGCAAGUUGAAGACUGCUGAAGCUCGGGAGCUUACGGGCGGAGGCCGGUCCGAUGGGGACAUGUCGGAGGACGAGAUUCGUGUGUCAGAUGCUCUGGAUGAGGUUGCGAAGAGCAAGAACACGACUCUUCCAGCGGUGGCCCUUGCAUAUCUGCUCCACAAGACACCGUACGUGUUUCCGAUCAUCGGGCAGAGAAAGCUCGAGCAUCUGAAAGCCAACGUGGAAGCUCUUGGAAUUGAGUUGACCAGGGAGGAUAUGGACAAGAUUGAUACGGCGGUGCCAUUCAAACCAGGAUUCCCGAUGGACUUCAUCUUCCACGGCAAGUAUGACUUGACCCUAACUGCUGCCGAUGUGCCCUUGACGCGGAAGGCGGGCCACAUUGAAGCACCCCCUCACCAGGGCAUAAUCCCCGCAAAGAAGACGUCGCAGAAUUAG